CCAAGGUCGCCGCGCUGCAGAGGCACAGGAAGCGCACAGGCAGUGCAGCUGGAAGUUUAAUGCCAAGUUGACAGGUCGUGUUGUCUGUACGACAUGUAAACUUUAAUGAUUAGUUAUUGUUUUUUUGGGGUAUGUGUGUGUUUCAUUUUAUAUGCCAAUGAUCAUUGAUUGGCAUCAUUAUGUGGGAUUUGGAGCAGAGUCAAACAGGCUGUUAGACACAGGUGGAUCAGGGUUAGUUAUUGGUUAUAAAAGUUGAUCAGAUAAAUAAACACAACUGUAUAAAAGCGAAGAGUUAUUAGCUGUUUAAUCAGACUUCAUCACUUUGGAGAUUACUUUUUUGAUGCAUUUUUUGGACCUCCAUCUCCGACAAUGUGCGUCUAGCAUGGCCACGGCGCGGACUAACGCGACGCGUGGCGUGAUAUGGCGUGUACGUUACCGGGGAACGCCACCGUGUCCGUCAGGAGCGUCCUGAGGACGUGUGCGGUCAUGCUGGUGUCCCUGCUCGCCUCCUUCUACCUGCUCCAGAGCCUGACGCAGCUCGGCGGCUCCGCGCUGCGCGCACAGGACGCGUCGGAAUCCGCGUCGCAGUCCGCGUCGGCGCUCGUCGAGGCGUCGGAGGCGCCGCUGCGCAGGAAGCGCGUGCUCCACAGAUGGGCCGCCGUCGACCCGGUCGCCAGGCAGCGCAGCGACGGACGGCAGGCGCUCGGCGGGAGGCUCCGGGCGCUCGGCGACGGGGAGAAGCGGCUGCCGCACGCGAUCAUCGUCGGCGUGAAGAAAGGCGGCACGCGCGCGCUGCUCGAGUUCCUCCGCGUGCACCCGGACGUCAGGGCGGCGGGAGCCGAGCCGCACUUUUUCGACCGUUUCUAUGACAACGGAUUGGAGUGGUACAGAGACCUGAUGCCCAAAACCUUGGACGGUCAGAUCACCAUGGAGAAGACUCCCAGCUACUUUGUCACCCGUGAAGCUCCAGCUCGGAUCCACUCCAUGUCGCGUUCCACCAAGCUCAUAGUGGUGGUGAGGGAUCCGGUCACACGAGCCAUCUCGGACUACACCCAGACGCUGUCCAAAAAGCCAGACAUUCCCUCAUUUGAGAGCUUGACUUUCAAAAAUAGGACUACAGGCCUUAUCGACACCUCAUGGAGCGCCAUCCAGAUCGGCAUCUACGCCAAGCACCUGGACAACUGGCUCCAGUUCUUCCCCAUGAGCCAGAUCCUGUUUGUGAGCGGCGAGCGGCUUAUCAGCGACCCUGCUGGAGAGCUCGGCCGUGUCCAGGACUUUCUGGGCCUCAAGAGGAUCAUCACAGACAAACACUUCUAUUUUAACCAGACCAAGGGCUUUCCAUGCCUGAAGAAGGCUGAAGGAAGCAGCAAGCCUCACUGCCUGGGCAAAACCAAAGGCCGAACACACCCCAAUAUCGACCCCGAGGUGGUGCAAAGGUUACGAGACUUCUACCGACCCUUUAAUAUGAAGUUCUACCAGAUGACUGGAAGGAUAUUUGGCUGGGAUGACUGACUUUGUGAAGUGUUUAAAAAGACCGUACACUAUGAUUGAUUGCAGUUCAGCUAGUACAAGAAGUGCCCCAAUAUUGAUAUGAGGUUUAGUUGACCCUAAUGCUCUGUUCACCCUUAAAAUGAUUUUAUUAUCAUUGGUAUAUGUAUAUUCCUGAAUUCCUUUUACACUUUUUAUCAAAUCAGAGGGACCAACGUAUUAAGCAAAGUAUUAAAGUAUAUAACACUUAGGGGUUUGGACCAGUUUUAUAAUGAAGAUAAAGUGUUAUUAAUAUUCCCUCCUGUGCACACAAACCUGCCUUUAAAAGAUUCCCUGAUGCACUGUUGGGGGAACGCUUCU